CCUUUGGCCCAUCAUUCGCCCGAUGCUUCUCCCAUUUUAUGAUAAAUCAACAUCCAACAGUCCAUUCCGAUCCACGUCACCCUGGUCCAUCUAAUAAUGAACUAUGAUUUAUGAAUGAAUUUCGGAACUUCCCAGCUGGACAGCUCGCCUCAAGAUCACGUAGAAACCAACAAAACUUUCCACCCCUAUAAAUUAGAAGGCCAUUCCCAUCAGUACUCGCACCUGCAGAUAUAUAUCGAUCAUAUGCUCCUUCGAACUGUUCGCGAUAUGGGUCUUCGUAGGUUUUGAAUAUAUCUGUAUAUAUGUGUUUUGCAUGUGUGUGUUUAAUUUUGCAGGCGAAGUUGAUUUGAAACUUCCGAGCUAGCUUCAAUAUAUAUAUUAAUUGUUUGUUGGGAGUAAUACUCACACGUACGUACAAGCUAGGGGAUGGAAAAUGGUGGGAGUAGCAGUACCACGGAUGCUGCGAAAACAGUUGAGGAGACGAGAGAGUACUAUGAGGAUUUGCUGCCGGUGAUGGCGGAUAAGCUGAACGUGGAGGGGUUUGUGUCGGAGCUGUGCGGGGGGUUCCGGCUGCUGGCGGACGGGGAGAGGGGGCUGAUAACACCGGAGAGUCUGAGGAGGAAUGCAGGGGUAUUGGGGAUGGAGGGAAUGAGCAGAGAGGAAUCGGAGGAGAUGGUGAGAGAAGGGGAUCUGGAUGGAGACGGGGCGCUGGAUGAGACUGAGUUUUGCAUACUCAUGGUCAGGCUCAGCCCCGAAAUGAUGCAGGACGCCGAGGCGUGGCUUCAGAAAGCUCUUUCAUCCUAGAUUUAAAAAACGUACACAGGCAAUAUAUAUCAUCCGAUCCUGGUGUGCUACCUUUGGUUAAUUAUAAUUAAUAAUAAUCGAUCAAUGAAUAAGGUAGCUUCUUUUUUUUUUUUAAAUAUGUAUGUAGAUUUUAAUUAAUUUUUUCACCAUCAUCUUAUAUAGUUAAUUAUUACUCGA